CGAGAGCAGUUAGGCUUGUUGGGCCUCUACAAUCUUGAUCGGCCCAAUCCCCAUCCAUCCGAAAUUCCGACAGGACGAUGAGGCGGCGGCGGCACGGCGGCGGCGGGAUCCCGCAGCCGCUCGCCGACGUGCUCGUUUGCCCCCUGUCCAAGAAGCCUCUCAGGUACUGCGAGGCCAGCGGUUCUCUGGUCAGCGACGCCGUCGGCAUCUCCUUCCGGUGAGAACCUAUGUCUUCUCCUAUAGUAGAUGGAAUUCCUUUUCUCCUACCGAAAGAUGGGAAAUUGCUUGAGGACCACCAGGAGAAAUCAGGACAUGACACCAGCCCAGGCAAUCCUCUAAUUGAAUCCAAGUUGUGGUAGCAGCCGACAAAAUUGUUCCGUAUUAGGAAAAAAAAACUGAGAUCAAAAUAAGAGGCUGUGCUCUAUUCAAACUGUUUCUUAUUGCAGUAAAGCAUUGCCAUAUUGAUGUGUACGGCUGUUACACCAUUGCUGUUGGCAAUAAUUUGCUUUUGCUUCUUUCUC